AUGUACAAGAACCCAUGUCAGAUCCGAGACCCAGAGGAUGCAUGCGAACAUUGCACCAUUGCAAUCCUUUGGCCCCGCGUCGAGGGUCUUGACACUGCUCUUGGUUGUCGAGGUGGUUUCUUUAGCCAGCCUGACGUGGAGUUUGAUGAUUUGGCUAUUACGGAUCAUGAUGGGCACCGAUGCGAUAGAUGCAUCCUACAUGGCCAGCCGUGCCGCCCAAUGCCACAUAUACUACAGAGACUCAGUGUCAAGCUGCACCGAGCCGCGGCAUCUGGUCAGACGGGCGCUAUUGAUAUUGCUCGUCGUGCAUUGAUUGAUGCCAUCUCACAGAACAGGCAUGAUAGCGCCGUCCACGAGCUUCUUGAGGGUGCGAUGAGCCCUGUGCAUGUGUAUAGCACAUAUAGAAUGAUUGAGCCAGAGGAGGUGGGCAUGCACAAGUGGCAGACCUUGCAGCUUGGAUACGAGAGGAUGCUUCGAUAUGACCCAUCCCUCCAGCUCCAUGGUUUUGACGAGAGAGUCUACAUGUACGGCAUCUCUCGCUUCUUUCUUUCCGACUGGGUGUUUGGUGACUGGAGGCAGCGACAGGCUGCAAGGACCGGCUGCGCCCUAGAUCGUGGUGAUAGUUUGGCGAAUCACCCAGGGACUAUGGACUCUCACGAAGUUAGUAUCCAGACUGGGGAGGAUGUGUUCCACGAGGCCAUGUCAAUCAAUGGCGGCAAGCUCUGCGAGGAAUAUGGGAGAUCUGGAUGA